CAGAAAGGCUUGUCAAAAUUAACGACCUCCUGAAAUUAUUCGAAGAAUCAAGCUAGAAAAUAUGGAAGACCCUCGUAGAGGAAAGGAUCUACAGAAGCAAGGAAUGGAAGAGAAGGGAAGCGAAGAAGUGCGUUAUCGGGGAGUCCGAAGGAGGCCAUGGGGGAAGUUUGCUUCUGAGAUAAGAGACCCUUCAAGGCAAGGUGCUCGUCUGUGGCUUGGUACAUUUGAUACGGCUGAAGAAGCUGCAAGGGCUUAUGACAGAGCUGCUUUUAAUUUAAGGGGUCAUCUUGCCAUACUCAACUUUCCAAAUGAGUAUUAUUCUCAAGUUAUGGGCUCUCCUCCUCAUCCUCCUAGAUUCUCAUCAUCAUUUUCUUCUUCUUCUUCUUCAUCGUCUUCUUCUUCUUCUGCUGCUGCUGCUGCUGCUCCUGGUGGAAGUUCAUCUACUGGACAAGGACGGCAAGUCUUUGAGAUUGAGUAUUUGGAUGACCAGGUGUUGGAGGACCUUCUUGAUUCUCAAGAGGAGAAAAGCAAAUGGAAGUGAAAUUGAUUUGUGUUUGUGUAACCUUUUUCUUCCCUUGUUGUUUAGUGAGUUGAACACAUUUCCCUUCUAUAAAAUAAUAUAUGUUGUUCAACCAUAGUUUA